UCUCUUCUACUACAUUCUAGGGAUUUAGCUUAGCUUUCUUGCCGGCAAAUUCCUCAGUUGUGGAGCCCCACAGUCGAAAAUGGUGAAGGGACGCCAAGGAGAGCGUGUAAGGCUCUAUGUUAGAGGUACCGUUCUUGGAUACAAAAGGUCGAAGUCGAAUCAGUAUCCAAGCACGUCAUUGAUUCAGAUUGAGGGAGUGAAUACUAAAGAAGAAGUGGAUUGGUACUUAGGAAAGCGUAUGGCUUAUAUUUACAAGGCCAAAACAAAGAAGAAUAAUUCACAUUAUCGUUGUAUUUGGGGUAAAGUUUGUAGGCCACAUGGUAACAGUGGUGUUGUUAGAGCUAAAUUCAAGUCCAAUCUGCCACCUAAAUCAAUGGGAUCUAAGGUUAGAGUUUUCAUGUAUCCAAGCAACAUAUAAGGUACUUUAUUUUUGUUUAAAUUUUUUAUUAUGUUAUGGUAUGCAGUUAUUAGCGUGCUACUUGUUUCUGUAUUUGUCUGAAUUGUCCUGCUAUAGAUAUAGAUUAAUAUGAAUAAAGGAUCAUUUUGUCCAGUUUUAUAAUCGGUCUAAAAUUUCUACGAAUUGAUUUUUUUUGUUUUACUGUUAGCAUAAUAUCCUUGGACAAUUGCAGUGUUAAAAUAUUGAAUACUUUUACAUAAAUUGAAAGAUUGUUCAUUGACAUGCCAAGGUGGCCUCAACAAUUUGCUCAAAAUAUGUGUUGCACUCUCGUAUUUCCUUUUUCUUAGAUGUCUAUUACACUUGAUUAUGUUGCUUCUGCUUCGGUUUUAUAAUUAUCUUCUUUAUUAUUGUGAUUAUGCUUUCCUUAGCCGAGUUUCUAUCAGAAACCGCCUCUCUACCUGCACAAGGUAGGGGUAAGGUCUGCAUACACACUACCCUCCCCAGACUCCAUUUGUGGGAUUACACUAGGUAUGUUGUUGUUGUGGCACCAACCAGUGUGGUGGCGAACACGUUGUGUUCUAAGCUAAGUUGUUUACGUUGUAGGUGGAGGAGAUAUAGAAAGUGUGUCGUGCUUGAUUCAUAAGAUUCUAUAAUCAAUAGCACCAAUAUAUUAUUUUACUUAGCCUGCCUCUCCCAUGACUUUCCGGACCAAUCAACCCGGAUCUGCCUUCGCAAGUCUCUCUGCAUUUUGGGAGUAGAGCGUGCAGCAAAAUCGAGCAAUGGAUCUUAGAAGAAUUCCACUUUGAAGCACGACUCUUUCUAUUUCUGUGUUGGCAUUUGAGUUGUCCCCCUUCCUCUUUCAAUUGACAAACUUGACGUAGAUAGCUCCGGUGGCUUGGGCUUCCGCCUCUAUCAGGCGGAGACCCCCCCCCC